GGCACUGGGUCUGGCGCGCAGCCCUGGGCUCCAGGAGAAGGCGCUGCGAUGACCGCCCUGAGCCGCAGCGAGCCUGUCGAGGCGGGCAGCAAUCAACAAAUGCAUGGAAAGGCAGCACCUAUGAAGAGCUCCGUGCCUUGCACAGAGAAACCAGAAAAGGUCCAGGAACCCCCAGGUGACAGUCUGCACUGGUCAGAAGGCUCGAAGAGUGAAGAGAUAAAGAAGUAUGGCCGGGAAGGGGCACUGUUGAGCAAAUACAACCAGCAAUACCACAAGCUGUUUAAAGACAUCCCCUUGGAGGAGAUGGUUCUCAAAGUGUGCUCCUGUGCUCUCCAGAGAGACCUCCUUCUCCACGGGCGGCUCUAUAUCUCUCCCAACUGGCUCUGCUUCCAUGCCAGCCUCUUCGGCAAGGAUAUCAAGGUAGCCAUUCCUGUGGUAUCUGUGCAACUGAUCAAAAAACACAAGAUGGCGCGGCUCCUUCCCAAUGGACUGGCCAUCACUACAAACACCAGCCAGAAGUAUAUCUUUGUGUCUCUGCUCUCCCGGGACAGUGUGUAUGACAUGCUGAGGAGGGUCUGCACUCACUUACAGCCUUCCAGCAAGAAGAGUCUGAGUGUAAGGAAAUUCCCCCUGGAAGCCAAGUGCGAGUCUUCUCCGGAAGUCCUUGUCCCUGAGAUGAAGUGGAGAAAAGUGUGCCCAGCAUCCACAUCCCUGUCACUCCCAGACGACAUCUCUUGUGUCUCUCGGAUCCCCACAGAUGCCACAGAUAGCUGCUUCUCCUCCAGGAAGCCUCCAGGGUCUGAGACCGUCUGUGAGGAAGAUAUGCUGGAGGAAGAGCCCACUGUGGACCAGGAACUGAGGCUGUGGGAUUCCCGGCUCCUCAAAGUCAUCUUUGUGAUGAUCUGCUUCUUAGUCGUAUCCUCGUCCUAUCUGGCAUUCCGUAUCUCCCGGCUGGAACAGCAGUUAUGUUCCUUGAACUGGGGUGGUCCACUCCCAGGGGACAGGUAACAGUUGCUUGGCCUUCACCCCACACCUUGUCCAAGGAUGUUCUGGUGCUGCCUCUACCGAUGAUUCCUGGGGUUCCUACUGCAGUUGUGCUGAGAAUGAAUAUGAAGGAAAAUAUUCUAGAUCCUUCCUCCAGCCCCCUCCCCCAACACGUCUUCCCCCAAAGAGUGAUCUGAAGUACCCGUUUACAGAUUAACAGGCUCCUACAGUUUUUGGACUCAAACAAAACGUUAGAUCUUUUGUCUUUUAAUCAGUUGAGGAGUUCUGUACACUAAGCUUCAACGACCACUUAAAUGAUAGAAAACACAUUAACUUUGCUUUUUGUAAGCAAUGGUUCUGGCACACUGACAAAGCCCUGGGGGCCUCCUUCAGGACAAAGGGCAUGCUUUGAUACCUGGAUGGCUGCUUGCUGUCAUGUGACACACUCCAGUGAGUGUAGGGGUGUGGGGGAGGGUUGGGGGAGUCACAGAGGCACACAUCGCCUCUGUGAGCUCUGCUGCCUCCCCCACACUCUGUGGUCUCACUUGGACCUCUGGAGUCCUCAGGACUUCUCUGCAGGGAGCCAAGCACCUCAGGGCCUGUGAGGAGGCUAGGAUGUAGAGACUAGAGCUCAUAGCAGGGGGUUAGCAAGAGACCAAACUUAGCGCUCAGAGUUGAGCUGGGGCUCUGGGGCUGGCCCUGAACUUGGAAAGAUGCUUUCUGCUGAGAGGAAGGGAGUGGGGCUGAGAUUGGAGGUCCCAGCAUCCCCAUUCUGCAGUAUCCCCCUCUUUGGUAGGACAGGCAGAAGAGGGACUUUGGUAUUUGGUACUAGGUCUAUUCCUAGUGGUCACAGACAUUUCCAAAGUCCUGAACAUAAGCAACAGGAAGGUGGGGAGUUUGAUUUGAGGUCGAGCUGCUGGUGUACUUCCUGCAUGGCCAACUGCACUUGCCAGGGUGGCUUAGCUGGACAGUGGGAUCUGACAGUCGUGUUGGGCCAUUUCCUGGCAGAACUCCGUCAUAUCACCUGCAGACCAUACGCGACAAGCCAGUCUGCUGGGUCCAGUAAUCAGAAGUAAGACAGAGGUGUGCGGGUGGGACAGGUUCAGUGCAGAGACUAGCUAAAGUUACUUCUCUGACUCGCUGGGGAGAAGAUGGAGGUAAUGAGAUAGGUGUGUACUGAUGGUUUCGCCAUCAGGGGUCUUCCCCAUGUCUGCUUGUCUUCUAAAUAGAACUCUGGUUCAUCUCCUCAGGACUCUUCAUCUGCUAAGACAGUGCCUUGGAAGGUCCUAGAGGGGCCUAGGGAGGAAGCCAGAGGUAUCAAGGAAGGGCACAGUGGUGGGUGGGGUGGCGCUGGGAACAGCCAUGUUCCCCCACUUCCGAUGCUGAUAGGAAACCCAGGUGGACAUCAUUGCAGAGCUGUGACUGUCUCAUUGAGCACAAAUCCAGGCAGGACUGGAGGUGUGACAGAGGGUGACGACUCCCUGAGUUCGGACGAGAGGCCUCCUCCUGUUCUAGUUUCUAGGACUAAACGUAGAGCCCAGCCUUGUAUGUUGUUUGUACCAAAUCUUUACAUCUCAGGUGAAACCCGGCGUCCACUUGGUUCUUCUCCCAGGACCACACCAUUAAAUGUCCGUCCUUCACUUCCUCUCCUUUGUUCUAAAACUCCCCAUCACUCUUCCCCAUCGACUUUUCAUAGAAACAAUCCCCAUCGCCCCAGGACUUUCCCUCCUUGGUCCCUGCCAGAAGAUAAGAGAACAAAUCCAUUCUCUGAGCCUCGCUAGGUUGAGCCAGGGUUCACGAGAGGUGCCAAGUCACACGUGGCUGUGCCAACAUGCUGUGGAAAGCCUGGUCUCCAGCCAGACCAAGGCUCAGAGAGGGCAGGAGGCUGUAGGGUAGCUGGCUUUGGAGGUGCACUUGGGGCCAGAGCUUUGAGUGAUACAUGUGUGUCCAUCCCUCCGGAGGGUUCUCUCUCUGCUUCUCCCCUUUGUCCCCGAUCCAGCACCUCUCGAGGAGCUGCAUGUCUUUGUGAUUGUUCGUAGUCUAUGAGUAUUUAUACAUUCCCAACUGCACUGGGAAACUCUGAUUCUCUGAGAGUUUGGUGCAACAAGGGUAGGUUGUUCCAGCGUGGCAUUAGCCUUUGAAAUAAAUAAAAAAAGGUGUUAA